AUGGUGACAGAAGGAUUGAGAUGGGCUCCGGAGAUGUGGCCAGUUGAAAGUAUGACAAUCAUGACCGCGAGGCCAUUGGAGGCAGCAAGGCGGAGACGGGUUUCAGAGCCAUGUGUCUUUUGGUCCAGAAUGGCUGUGGAUGUCCCUGCAAAGAUGAGUAUGAAGCAGUCAGGUGUUCAGGUUGGCAGUCCUCAGGCACAGGUACCACAGGGACGUGUUUUUGCACUGGCACAGACCGAUGCAUCUUCUGGACCGUCAGUUUUUCGAGCUAGUCUUCUAACCGAAGAAGAUGAUGUCGUGGGAGAAGUUUAUCCGGCGAUUGUUUGUGACUUCUUGGAUGUUUUUCCAGAAGAUUUGACAGAGUUGCCUCCACACCGAGAAGUGGAGUUCACUAUUGAUUUGAUGCCCAUCAAGAACAAGUAUCCUUUGCCAAGGAUAGAUGAUUUAUUUGAUCAGUUGAGGGGAGCCAGUUGUUUCUCGAAGAUUGACUUGAGGUCUGGCUAUUAUCAGUUGCAGGUUAGGGAUGAGGAUAUCCCGAAGACAGCAUUCCGUACACGGUAUGGACACUAUGAGUUCCUUGUUAUGCCUUUUGGCUUGACUAAUGCGCCAGCGGCAUUCAUGGACUUGAUGAACCUUGUCUUUCAAGAUUACUUAGACCAGUUUGUGGUAGUUUUCGUGGAUGACAUUCUUGAUUUCUCCCGUUUGGCAGCUCCUAUGACCCGUUUGACCCGGAAAGGGGUCAAGUUUGUCUGGAAUGAGGCUUGUGAUUCAUCCUUUCAGGAGUUGAAGACGAGAUUGACUACAGUUCCAGUGUUGGUGAUACCUGAGCGUGGCUUGGGUUAUGUGAUCUAUUGUGAUGCUUCACGUGACGGGUUGGGAUGUGUGUUGAUGCAGGAUGGUAGAGUAGUGGCUUAUGGGUCUCGACAGUUGAAGACUCACGAGUACAACUACCCUACUCAUGACCUGGAGUUAGCGGCAGUUGUAUUUUACAUUUUCUCCCAAAAGGACUUGAACAACAGACAGAGGCGAUGGGUCGAAUUCUUGAAGGACUACAAUUUUGACUUGCAGUAUCAUCCGGGCAAGGCGAAUGUGGUAGCGGAUGCCUUAAGCCGGAAAUCUCGUGGAACUUUGGCCAGUUUAGCUAUUCGAAAGUGGAAGAUGCUUGAAGAUCUGGCAGAGAUAGGAUUACAGUGUUGUGAUGAUGAUGCUUGCAGUGAGUCGGUAGCACAAUGGAAAUGGGAGCAUAUUGCUAUGGAUUUUGUGAUAGGUUUUCCAAGGUCAAGAAGGGGCAAUGAGGCCGUAUGGGUCAUCAUUAACAGAUUGACCAAGACGGCUCACUUUUUGCCUAUUAAGGCAACAGAUGAUGCAGAGAAGCUUGGUGUUCUUUAUGUGAAGGAGAUUGUAAGGUUGCAUGGAGUUCCUGUAACCAUUGUGUCAGAUAGGGAUUCUAAGUUCACUUCGAAGUUCUGGGAAGGACUUCAAGUAGCGUUUGGUUCAGCGUUGCAUCUUAGUACGGCAUUCCAUCCACAGACGGACGGUCAGUCGGAGCGUACUAUCCAGAUUUUGGAGAAUAUGCUUCGGGCAUGUGUGCUUGACUUGGGUGGUAGUUGGAAGGAUCACCUUCAACUUAUUGAGUUUGCCUACAACAAUAGUUAUCAAGCGAGUAUCCAGAUGGCUCCAUUUGAGGCGUUGUAUGGUAGACCUUGUAGGUCUCCUGUUUGUUGGACUGAGGUAGGUGAGACAGCCGCCUUAGGACCCGACAUUGUACUCGAGACUACUGAGAAGAUUAAGUUGAUAAGACAGAGGUUACUUACAGCUCAGAGUCGACAGAAGAGCUAUGCGGAUAAGCGGAGACGACCGUUAUCCUUUGAGGUGGGAGACCACGUUUUUUUACGGGUUUCUCCACGGAAGGGAUUGAUGAGAUUCGGAAAAAGUGGCAAGUUGUCGCCACGAUUUAUUGGACCGUUUGAGAUUUUGGACCGAGUAGGAGAGGUUGCUUACAGGCUUGCUUUGCCACCACAGUUGGAUAGGGUCCACAAUGUUUUCCAUGUAUCGAUGUUACGGAAGUACGAACCGGAUCCAUCUCACAUUUUGAGUUGGGUAGAUGUGGACAUUGAUGAGGAUGUUUGCUACGAGGAAGGACCAGUUCAGAUUCUUGACACACAACGGAAGGUGUUGAGGAAUAAGACGAUACCAAUGGUGAAAGUCCUUUGGAGACACCGCGGAGUCGAGGAAGCUACUUGGGAGCUCGAACAGGAGGUUCGGUCCAAGUACCCAGCGUUGUUUUCUUCCUCAGGUUCCGUUUGA